GCUCGCCAAUGGCAUGAGCCUCAUAUUAUUGGGGCAGGGUUAGCUGCUUUUAACUGCAGAAUUCUUUGACGCGUUUAUCGUAACAACAAAAUUUCAGUGUUCUCGGAUUGCCAGCAAUCACGACUCCUAUAAUCAAUAUUCGCCUAGUCCUCAAUCAUCAUCCAUGCAGGAGAUGUCGAAAGCAGAAGGCGAGAGACUCGCAAAGUCAUGCGCUACGGCGGAGGAAUAUCCUCUCAAUCUUCCCUACGAUGGCACUUACGAUCAUAUUUUGAAGGGGUACAGCGAGCGACUCGAUGAGCAGGAGGAUAGGCUAUUCUUCGAUGAAUCGAAGGCUAACCUGUGCCUACGAGACUACGAUGAUGGCGUUGAAGGUUUCGAGAACAUUACACUGUGUAGCAAUUUCGAAUUGCGAGACUAUCUGACUGGAAACCAAUCUUUUGAUCGAGUCGAUCCCCAAUGUAGAUUUGUAUUUGUACAUGCACCCCACUCAAGAGAGCGACUCAGGACAACCAGAAAAAUGCUCAUGUUUACAUUCACGUAUCACCAAGUCAUGCCGGCAUUUCUAGAUUUUCUGUUUCCAUUCGGCAAGCAGCUCUACACGCAAGAUUUCCAAUUCAGUGGCUUUCGAGCUGAAGAUCGACUAUCCAUCAAUGAAAGGGGGUUAGAACUUCCCCAGCUUGGACGAUCUGGACGAGAUAUUCGGAUGUGUUAUAAUCUGAAGUCAGUGGAACCAUCAAAAGGUCAAAAAGAAUGGCCGUGGUCAAUUCGGCAGACAGCAACUUACCACUCUUUUGAUAUUGAGACUGGAAAAGCAUUCUGGGUUAUCAUCAAAGGCGACCAAUUGAUCAAAAGGCGUAUCGAAUCAGCUACAAACGCCAGAAGAGCUCAAGCUUCUAAGUCUUUCGAAUUAACCUCACUGGCUGCUUCAUUCUCUUCGACACUUCAAUCCCAUCUGCUUAUCUUUGAUUGGUGUCAUGAACAUUGGCGAUGGCAUAUAAACUUUCUCGAGCAGGAACUUCAACGCUUAACUCGAGAGGCUCUACUAAUAGACCUCAACAAAAGCUCGAACGGAAUCGAGAGGCGUCCAGAUGAGGGAAUGAUGCAACGGGCAACUUCGUCUCGAGUACCAAGUUCCCCGCUAUCUAUACCUGAGAAAGCACCCUGGCAUUCUGGAAGUAGUAUCAAGGAAACUACCUCAUACCCUCAUUCGGAUCGUCAAGCAACGACAGCCCCAAGGCCAGCCAGCUCAGCCGCGGAGUCCCAAGAGAGCUUGAACACCGAUGAAGAUUUCUCAUUUAAUGACUUGCAGGAAGUGCAGUCCCUCGAGGAAAAAGCUAACGAAGUUAUUCUUGUAUUGGAAUCGAAUAUCAACGCUCUCUCAAAAGUCAAAGAGCACUAUAGAGAAACGUUUACAUUUGACGAGUUUCCCAUAACAUUGAAGUCAGCUUGCGCAAGAGACUUAACGAAGUUCGAGAAGGUCGUUGGAAACAUUAUCGACGAUCUUAAAAUGCAGGAAUCGAGGACAAAGAUGUUACUGCGUCUUCUCACAGACCGAAAGAGCCUUCUUUACGGCAUCUUAGAUUACCGCAAUAUGGAGUCCAAUAAGUUGUUUGCUAGCAAAGCUCAGCUCUCUACAGAAAACAUGGAGAUCAUGACCCAGGACAUGCAUGAAAUUGCGAAGAAGACCAAGCAAGAGACUGUGUCGAUGAGAAUCAUCACUCUAGUGACCCUCUUUUUCCUACCCGGCACCUUCAUCUCGACAAUCAUGAGUACGGACAUUGUUCAGUACCAGGUAUCAGCCGAUGGAAAGUCACAAGAGGUUUUCCAACUCGGUGCGCUGCAGUUAUAUUUGGCUAUUACUCUGCCGAUGAUGUUGCUGACUUUUGCCUCUUGGUACGGCGUUUAUUUUUGGGUUGAUAGAAAGGAGCGAGCAAAAGCUGUACAAAAGCACCUCGGGACUGGCUCGUGAUGAUCCAAUCUGUUCUUGUGGAGUUCAAGAAUUUUUCUGGUCUGCUUCGGUAAUCGGUAUAUACCUAUUGGUGGUGUGAAUUAUUUGUAUUAAGUUGUAAAUCAAGAUUUUGUGUAGACUCUGAAUGCCUCGCGCUUAAUAUUGGAGAGGAAGAAAUCUGACACAUACCGGUGAAGCGGGU